CUCUUUUUCUGCACUCGCUUUAUCACAGGUCCUUUUGACUCCCACAUUCCCUCCCGUAGCCUCUUGACAGGAAGAUGGUGUCGGGAUCCGAGCAUCCUCCGGGACCACAGGUCUCCCCGGUGUACUCGCCCCUGGACUAGUGAAGCAGCCAUGCCGCUCUACCCCCGGACCCUGCUGCUGCUGCUGCUGUGUGUGGCCAUGGUCGCGGAGAGCCGGAGACACAGGAGCAGGAGAAAGCGCUGGUCCGCGCCGGCGGAGACGCAUAAGCCGGGGAAUCCUUUGUCAAAGAAGGUCGCGGAUGGCACCAAGAAUCGAAAGCUGAAGACCAACCACCUGCUGCGCAUCGAUGAACACGACUUCACCAUGAGGCCGGCGUUUGCAGGUCCUGCUGUCCCCGUUGGAGUGGACGUUCAGGUGGAGAGCUUGGACAGCAUAUCAGAAGUAGACAUGGACUUCACCAUGACCCUGUAUCUGAGACACUACUGGAAGGAUGAGAGGUUGGCCUUCCCAAGUGCAACCAACAAGAGCAUGACCUUCGACGGGCGUCUGGUGAAAAAAAUAUGGGUGCCGGACGUGUUCUUUGUCCAUUCCAAGAGGUCCUUUAUCCACGACACGACCACUGACAACAUCAUGCUGAGGGUCUUCCCAGAUGGCCAUGUUCUCUACAGCCUACGGGUUACAGUUACUGCUGCUUGCAACAUGGAUUUCAGUCGUUUCCCUCUGGACUCACAGACAUGCACCCUGGAGUUGGAAAGCUAUGCUUACACAGAUGAGGACCUGAUGCUGUAUUGGAAAAGUGGUGAUGAGUCCUUGAGCACAGAUGACAGGAUUUCUUUGUCCCAGUUCCUCAUUCAGAAGUUCCACACGACCUCCAGACUGGCCUUCUACAGCAGCACAGGCUGGUACAACCGUUUGUACAUCAACUUCACUCUGCGGCGUCACAUCUUCUUUUUCCUGCUGCAAACCUACUUCCCUGCUACCCUGAUGGUCAUGUUGUCCUGGGUGUCUUUCUGGAUCGACCGCCGGGCCGUCCCUGCCAGAGUGUCUCUAGGAAUAACCACGGUGCUCACCAUGUCCACCAUCAUCACUGGAGUCAACGCCUCCAUGCCUAGGGUCUCCUACAUCAAGGCUGUGGACAUUUACCUCUGGGUCAGCUUCGUCUUUGUCUUCCUCUCUGUGCUUGAAUAUGCAGCCGUGAACUACCUGACGACUGUGAGGGACGGCAAAGACCGCAAACUCCGGGAAAAAGCAAGGGAACAGUCCCAGUCUCUCCCCUGCACUUGCGGCAUCCCUCACACAAAGACCAUGAUGCUGGACGGGACCUACAGUGAAGCCGACUCCAACAGCCUGGCCGGGUACACCAGAGCCUCCAUGCCCGCCGAAGAUUCAUCAGACAAACAAGAGCAGAUGGUGGUACAUCUCGCCUUGGACAAUGAAUCCACAGGAACAAAGAAGAAGGGUAUCCGCAGCUUCCGGAUUAUCCAGAACACCCACACUAUCGACACUUACUCUCGCAUGAUCUUCCCAGGCGCCUACAUCCUCUUUAACCUGAUCUACUGGUGUGUCUAUUGCUGAGUGAGAAUAUUACAGUUUGAGGGACAGCAGAAGAAGAAAAUCAAGAACUGUGGACAUUUUUCCUUGAGUUUUCUUCAUCCUACAUGCUCCAGUGGAGUUUUGCGGGAUGGCUGAUAAAUAGAUCAGGUUUGUGAGAAUCUGGCACCCUGUGGUUCACGUCGCUCUUGGACUGGAUCACCCAGAGAUUAGAGAGCUUCUCCUACCACUAUGAAAAAAAUCAUGCCUGCCCCAGAAAUGCUUCAAGUCUUCAUUCUAUUGACACUUGUACAAAAAUCAAACUGAUUAAUUUCAAGUAAAAAGAAAAAAAAGAAAAAAAACCAUGUCAUCAUAUCCAACGUUAACAACGGUGUCACUUUUGCAAAUCAGUCUCCAACAACAGAAGUAGCUACUUAUUAAAUGUUAUGAUGUUCUGACAUGUUUUUUGCUGAAUUCCUGUUUUUUUGCAUCCUUUUGAGUGUUUUGAGAACAUCCUGAACUCAGACCAGGUGCAAACAAUCCAAGGUUACGUUCAUGCUGCAGGUCUCAAUGCUCAAAUCUGACUUUUUACCAAAAUCCAAUUUUUUUUUAUUAUUUUUUUCGUGGUCGUUCACAUUAUCAUUUUAAUGUGACCUUCAUCGCAGUUAAGUGUGAAUAGUAUGAGGCCCUGAAGUGACAUGCAUCCACAGAGGAAAACACGACGUCAUGUAGUGCGUGGUGUUUAUAGAAGUAAAUAUGGCUGCGCAGCAGUGGUGUCUGCUGCUGCCACUGUUCAGAGGUGCGUGUGGAUGCGGAGUCGGAACCAGGAGAGCUGAGACCGCGACGUGAGCGUCUUCACUGACACAAAGUUCAUCCAUAAUGUCAGGAUGUGGAGGAAGACUAUAUCCUGUGACAUCAAAGUCGGAUGAAAUACGACGCAACCGUUCUGACGGAUAUGAUCGGAUAUGUGUCCGAUUCAGAACCACACAUGAAAGUGGCCUGGGUCGGCUUUGAGAAAGAAAUCCAAUUUGCGCCGUUCAGACUGUCAUUAAAAAAUCAGAUAUGAGUCACAUAUAGGCAAAAAAAUCAGAGUUGAGCUGCAGUGUGAGCGUGGCCAGUUUAUCCAGGUGCUUCAAUGUGCUCAAGGCUCCAUAUUUGGACUCCUGAUUCCAAACGUCUUCACAGCCGACAUUUAUGUAGCGGAAGCAGAUGUGGAAUAACAGAUAUAUUUUAAAUCCAUCUAGGAAAGCUAGCUUCAGAGCUUCUCUAUGUCUCCCAGGGUCAAUUAUUAUUAUUAUUAUUUCAGUGUUUCAGAUUGAACUUCUUCAUCAACACUACAUUUUAGUCAU